GUUUUAUUGACCUUGCCCCUAACUAACUUCACAACCUGUUGUUUUGAAAGCUCCGUUAACGAUCGUAAGUGUUCAAUGAUAAUACGAAUGUAUAUUUUUUCAAAUUUCAAUUUGGAUGUACAAUGGAUUAUCUAGAGUUUAAAGACCAUAAGGUAUCACCAGACCAGUUUUUUUCAUAUUUAGAUUCAAUAAAAAAUUCUAAUACACCUAUUGUAAUUGAGAAUGGUUCUUAUAAUUGUAGAGUUGGUUGGGCCACUGUGGAAAAACCUCUCAUGGUUUUUAAAAAUUGUCUUGCUAAACCACGCAAAGAAAGAGGAAAGAAGGAUGGUGAAAUGCAAGUAGGAAACGAUAUUGUAAACAUUGAAGCAGUGAGGUUUCAGUUAAAGACUCAGUUUGAUCGAAAUAUUGUUACUCAUUGUGAAAUUCAAGAACAUAUUUUUAAUUAUAUGUUUUCACAUCUUGGAAUUAAUACAGAAACUGUCAACCAUCCUAUCAUUAUUACUGAAGCUUUUAUGAAUCCAAAUUAUUCCCGUUCUUGUAUGUCAGAACUUCUUUUUGAAUGUUAUGGAGUCCCGAGUAUAUGUUAUGCAGUAGAUUCUGUUUUAAGUUACAGAAAUGAAAGUAAAAAUGGUAAUACCGGCCUAAUUAUAUCAUGUGGAUAUUAUUCAACUCAUGUGAUACCUAUUAUUGAUGGUGCGAUUGACGCCAAACAUUCUCGAAGACUUGAUAUUGGAGGUUAUCAUAUUACUUCUUAUUUGCAUCGAUUGUUACAACUGAAAUACCCCGUUCAUUUUGCUGCAAUAACAUUAAGCAGGACAGAGGAACUAUUACAUGAACAUUGUCAUGUGGCUGUUGAUUACUUGGAGGAAUUACGAAAGUGGUCUGAUGGCGACUAUUAUGAUCAAAAUAUCAAGUGUUUUCAGCUUCCGUACACAUCACAGUCCAGUCUUACUCCUGAACAGCAGAAGGAACGUCGCAGAGAGUUGGCUAGGCGGCUUAUUGAAAUAAAUGCUAGAAAGAGAGAAGAAAAGCUUGCUGAAGAUGAAGAGCAACUGAACCAGUUGUUGGCUAUUCAAGACUUACAAGAUGAAGGGGAGGAAACUGAGUUUCAGAAAGCUGUGUCUGACUUUGGUUUAAACAGUUGUGAAGAUCUACCAAAAAUGAUUGGACAAAUACAAGCAAGAAUCGAAAAGACAAGACAAAAGAUUGUUGCAGCCAAUACAUCUGAAGAUCCAAUUACAGAAGAGCCAAAACAGAAAAUUAUGAAAUUUCAGACUCCUAAAGGAGAAGAAGAUUUUAAAAGUUGGGUAGAAGGAGUUAGAAGGAAAAGGGAAGAAAUUUUAGAGAAGAGAGCCAUUAGAAGGCAAAGAAGGUCAGACAUGGCUAAAAGAAAGACUGCGGCUUCAUUUGAGAGAAUGAGACUGAUUAGCCAGUUAGCACGAAAUGAAAAAAGGGAUGAUGACUUUGGCUUAAGAGAUGAAGAUUGGGAUGUUUACAAAGCUAUAAACAAGGAAGGUGGGGAUACAGAUAGUGAAGGUGAAACAGAGAAACUACUAGAACUCGAACAAGUUCUCAAAGCACAUGAUCCAAGUUUUUGGAGUGAAGGAAUAGAAGCUCCCGGUGAAACACACAGGUUACAUGUUGGAGUGGAAAGGUUUAGGGCACCCGAACUUCUUUUCCAACCAUCCAUGUUCGGCUGCCAUCAGGCAGGUUUAGCUGAGGUGAUUGAAUACGUACUAAAUGGUUACGAUGAAGACAUGGCAAACAAAUUGAGCAAGGAAGUUUUUAUUACUGGUGGUUUAGCAAAUCUUUCUGGAUUGAAAGACCGAAUCAUCGCUGAGCUUACACAAAUUAGACCUUUCAGAUCUAAGAUAGCAGUUCAAGUAGCCAACAGUCCAUCCCUUAGUGCUUGGUACAAAGCCAGAGAUAUGGCCAGAAAUCUAUCUUGGUUAAAAUCGUCCUCGAUAACAAAGGAAGAUUUUCUGGAAAAGGGAUAUGAAUACCUCAAAGAGCAUUGUGUUUCAAAUCCUUACACUUCAUCGCCGGCACCCAUCACACAAAUUGAAGGAGCUGUUCAUAAUGCACCCAGUAUUGUGUCGGAAGAGAUUGAGAUUGAUGUUAUAUGAAGUACUAUUAUUUAUUUUAUUUAUCUAGGGUAAUGUAUUUUUAUUUAAAUUUAAUUGAUUUAUAUGCUUUGUUUUUAAUAAAUUAUCUGCUUUAAUUUUUUAA